AUGGAUUCAAAGGCACAUCACAACCGAGUGAAUGAUGACAAGUACUUGCAUCAGGCGCAUCAAGAGAUGGACAAGAAUAUGCAGCGGGAGCGAGAGGUGAUGGACAAGAAUCUGAAGCAGGAGCGGGCAACCGUGGACCGCAUGAGGAAGGAGGAGCGUGCAGCCAUGGAACAGAUGAUGAAAGAGGAGCUUGCAGCCAUGGAUCAGAGGUUGAAGCAUUUCCAUGACGAUAUGGACCUAAAGUUGAAGCAGGAGCGCAAGAACUUGGAUCGCGCUAUGCAGCUCGAGCGUGGCAGGAUGGAAUUCAAUAUCAUGCAGGCGCGUGCGAACAUGGACCUUAUGUUGAAGCAGGAGCGUAAUGACAUGAAUCACAAGUCCAAAAUGGAGGAGAUCCGCAUGGAAGGGAAUAUAAUGCAAGACCGUGUUCUACAACUCGAGCGUGGUAAGAUGGGCUUCAAUAACAUCCAGACGCGUGUGGGCAUGGACCUUAACUUACCACAUGACCGCAAUGAUCUGGAUUACAAGGCCAAGAUGGAGGAGACCCGCAUGGAAGGAAAUACGAUACAGGACCAUGCUAAUACACGCCUGAAGGAUGACAAGGCCAAGAUGGAGGAGAUCCGCAUGGAAGGGGGUAUGAUGCAAGACCAUGCUAGUACAGGCACGAAGGUUGAACAAGAGAUCCGUACACCAGAGCAAUCUGUCUCAUCCUACGUAGUUGUAAUGCAAUUUAUUGUUCAUGUGGACGAAGAACUUUCUCAUGUUCCUGAAGCAUACCACAACAAGAAACCUGGUAUGACGACAGUACUUGAACCUGCCAAGGUGGACUGGCAUAUAAUGGUGAAAAAUUUGCGUUACCAUGGGUACAAAGGGGAAGCAGAUUUGUACUACAUCAAGCCUGGGUGCGUACCACCAGAAGGAAUGGUAAAGAUGUUAGGCCAGCAUGAUGUCAAUGAAAUGUUGUACACUUUAGAAGGGAUAAAGAAAUGUCAUUUGUACAUUGUGAAGAAUUGUGCAUUCCCAGAUUAUAGCGACGAUGACAUGUCUGAACAGGACAUGUCCGAAGAAGACAUAUAUGCAUGUGGCUACAUGGAUAUCGGCGAGAGGGACAUGGGCGAAUAUGGGUCAUCGCCCAAAAGGAAGAAACUUGCAGAUAACAAUACGAAGAAAGCAUUGGAUUUCAGCAGCUGUGAUGAGCCUCUUCAGUAG